CGAUCUGUUUAAUACUCCGUGGACAAGUGGUUGGCAGAUCUAUUGCAGGUGCAGGAAAAAAAAAAAAAAAAAGGAAAAAUUAUCUAGAACCAACUUUCUUGAUUGGGAGAUGAAUAUUAAGAUUGUUCUCGAAUGCGAGAAAAAGCUCUACGUCUUUACCUUCGAGCCUCCCAAAGCUCCUGAAGCGAACGCCCGUGCUACAGAAAUUACUUCGUACCGAAAGUAUAAAGAUGAGGCACGCGAUGUGAGAUGUCUCAUGCUAGCCACCAUGACCCUGGGGCUCCAAAGGCUCCACAAGGACAUGGAAGCUCAUCCUAUGAUGACUCGCCUGAAAGUUGGUCCCCACGUUCUCAAGAUGAUCGGUCAUAUCGAAACUCUUAAAAAACUGGACGCCCCAUUGCACCCCAUGCUGGCAACUGAUCUCAUCUUGGGAUCACUACCAGCUGAGUAUAGUCAAACUGCAGUGAACUUCUACAUGAACAAACUAGAGAUGACUAUGCGUGAGCUGCUGAAAUUCCUCACAACUACUAAGGAGAGUUUAGGGAAGGGGAAGGGUAAGUCUGUCCUGAUGGUAGAGGGCAGUAAUGUUACGAAGAAGAGUGGGCCACGUUCGCCGACCGGGACCAAGCACAAGGGUUCUAAGAAACCCAAGCCAGCGUCCAGCUCAUCUUUGUUAAAACCCAUACAAGGAGUUGAGAAGAAGUCUGCUGCAUGCUAUUAUUCUGGUAAAAAGGGCCACUAGAGGCGCAACUAUGCAAAAUUACUUGCAGAGAGGAAAGAGGGAAAGAAACCUCAAACCUCAAGUAUCUUGGUUAUUGA